GUAUUCAUCAUAGUGUUCUGAUGUAGUUUGCUGAAUGUAUUAUUGUGUAAAGCUGUAUACUUACAUUUCCUUUAAGAGGACAUUUUGCUUUAAGAGUAUUUGAUAUUAAAGGGAAUGAAAACCUGGCUAAAGAUUUUAUGUCUUUCAGUUUUUAGCAGUGUGUUGAUGAAGUCUGGAAACAUUUGGGUUGGAACAGAGGGUGAAGAGGUGUAUAUCAGAUGUCAAUAUCCAGACAAACACAAAUAUACACCAAAGUACUUUUGCCGUGAUCCCUGUACGUCCUCUAAUGUUUUGAUUAAAACUGAUCGGAUUGAUCAGGUAGUCUCAGAUGGAAGAUAUUAUGCCAUGAACACUGUGAGUGCAAACUCAUUUGAUGUUUCCAUCAGAAAACUCAAUCGUAAAGACGCCGGAGUUUAUUACUGUGGACUUGAUCAAUGGUUCAGGGACACACUGAUUAAAGUCGAGCUGUCUGUCCGUCCAGCUCCUGCGAACCCUCCUCUUACCACAUUGACUCCUGUGUUCAGCUCUACAAAAUCCAAUGAACACACACAAACCGUAUCUACAUGGACAACAACACACGAAUAUGCAGCUCAUAAUUCUCACACAAAUGAACGGUUAUUACCAACAGUCCAGUCAACAGGCUCCACAGAUCUGAUUAAAAGCUCCGUGAACGUGAUUGUGGUUUGCGCAGUUGUUUUGGUACUGCUGGUGUUCUGGAGUCUUGUGGCUUUAGUGUUUCUAUACAGACGAAGAUCAAUCAGAUCUUUGAAAACUCCCACCCCUGAAAAUUCAGCUCAAGAUCAACCAGAUCUCAACCAGAUAUGUGUUUAUCAACUCUAUGAAGAAAUUAUGACAGACUAUAGCUUAGAUGGUCCACCUAAAGAAGACGAUUCCUCUCCUAUAUAUACCAGUGUGCAACACAGUGAUCCUGCACCCCAGAAUGACCUGAACCCUGUUUAUUCACUCAUCACUCAGCACUGACAGUCUCAAUCUCUCUGAAAAGUCACUCUUGAAACCAUGUUGAUGUGAAAUACAUAUUUACCA